AAUCGGUCAAUGAAUCAAUCAGUGAGGUCCUCAGUCAGUGCUUGGUGAAGCAUGGAGGAGCAGCUCCUCCUCGGUGCUGCCGAGAAGAUCCCAGGAGGCGGCGGCGAUGGUGAGAGCUUGGUGCUGCGCGAGGUGAAGAAACAGGUGUGCCUCGCCGGGCCUCUGAUCGUGGGGUACCUCCUGCAGAACGUGGUGCAGAUGAUCUCCGUGAUGUUCGUGGGCCACCUCGGCGAGCUCGCACUGUCCAGCGCCUCCGUGGCCACCUCCUUCGCCGCGGUCACCGGCUUCAGCUUGCUGUUCGGCAUGGCGUGCAGCCUGGACACGCUGUGCGGGCAAGCCUUCGGAGCGGGGCAGCACCACAUGGUGGGCGUGUACAAGCAGCGGGCGAUGGUGGUGCUGGGUCUGGCAAGCGUCCCGGUGGCGGCGCUGUGGGCCUACACGGGCAAGAUCCUGCUCUUCUUCGGGCAGGACCCGGAGAUUGCGGCAGGCGCCGGCAGCUACAUCCGGUGGAUGAUCCCCACGCUCUUCGUCUACGGGCCGCUGCAGUGCUACGUCCGGUUCCUGCAGACGCAGAGCCUCGUGGUGCCCGUGAUGCUCAGCUCCGGCGCCACGGCGCUGAGCCACGUGCUGGUGUGCUGGGUGCUGGUGUACAAGCUCCGCAUGGGGAGCAAGGGCGCCGCCGUCGCCAACGCCGUCUCCUUCCUCACCAACCUCUUCAUCCUCGCGCUCUACGUCAGGCUCUCGCCGUCCUGCAGGACGACCUGGACCGGGUUCUCCCGCCAUGCGUUCCACGGCCUCCUCGGCUUCCUGAAGCUGGCCGUGCCGUCCGCUCUCAUGGUGUGCAUGGAGUGGGGAUCAUUCGAGCUGCUGGUGCUGCUCUCUGGUCUCCUCCCUAAUCCCAAGCUCGAGGCGGCUGUUCUGUCCAUCUGCUUGAACACAAACGCCUUCGCGUUCAUGGUGCCGCUCGGACUCGGUGGCGCCAUAAGCACGCGCGUGUCUAAUGAGCUUGGAGCGGGGCGGCCGCAGGCGGCCCGCCUUGCCGCUCGCGUCGUCAUGAUGCUGGCGCUCGCGGUGGGCGCGUCGGAGGGGCUCCUCAUGCUCCUGGUGCGCAACGUGUGGGGGUACGCCUACAGCAACGAGCAGGAGGUGGCCGCCUACAUUGCCCGGAUGAUGCCCGUCCUCGCCGUGUCCAUCCUCUUCGACGGCCUCCAGGGCGUCCUCUCAGGUGUGGUUAGGGGCUGUGGACAGCAGAAGAUGGGCGCCUGCGUCAACCUCGCCGCGUAUUACCUCGUCGGUAUCCCUGUCGCAUUAUUUGCCGCCUUUGUCUGUCAUCUUGGAGGAAUGGGGCUUUGGUUCGGAAUACUGUGCGGCUUGGUGGUGCAGAUGCUCUUGCUUCUCGCCAUUUCCUUCUGCGCAACCAACUGGGAGAAAGAAGCGAUGAGGGCAAAGGACAGAGUCUUCACUUCUUCGCUGCCUGGUGACAUAGCAACGUAGAUUGCAGUACAGGGCAAGUACACCCUAUUUAUGUGGGAGAACUUCCAAGAUCAAAGUGCUUGGAACUGGAUGAUACUCCACCUUGACAUUAAACAACGCAAAAUUUAUCGAGAAACAAUGGAGAAAUUUAUCCGAAUACCGUGGCAGUCUAUCAAAUUGCUACAAAUCAACUGCAUUUGGCGGUACCUGACGGAGCUGACGCACCAAUAAUUUUACGGAGUAGUUUAGUUGCCUCACUUGACUAUCCGUGGCACUGUUCAAAAAAUCGG